AUGGCAUUUUUUCAACUAAUGCUCAAAGCCAACAAACUCCAAAGAGUAAGGCGCACGUACCACGAUGAGAAACUGCGCUCGAUCGAAGUAUCAAAGGGCGAGAAGCCGCGCUACACGUUGGGUCAAAAAAUACGCCACCAGAGAGUCCUGUUGAGACGCAACGUACGGAGGGUGGUGAGAAAACUGGCUUGCUGCCCGGAAAGCUCGUGGGUGUAUCAGAAGGCGGUUCUACUGCGAACCGAGGGUACAGUGGAAAACUACGUAUUCAAGAGCAUUUUCGGCUUUCUCGGCGGGGUCGUCCUCACCUACGUCUUCUUCGUCUUCUUCGUCUUCCAGCUCCACUUGUCCCUUACCAUAGCCACUCUCCUGUGCUCCCUCCUCGGUUUACUGUUCACCAUCGGCUUAGCCUUUUUCCCCUACGUAAGGUGCAUUAUCCUCCUCUUCUUGCCGCAGUUCUUCUCGAAACGCGGGCGCCAGGCUCUGAUGGCCUACGCCUUCAUCUUGACCCUCGCUGGUCCAGCGAGAAAUACCCUGCACAACUUGGGCGCCCUCUCCGAGUCGCUGGCCUGUGUACAGGAGCAGUUGAAGGACGCCGUGAGGUCCGUGAUUGAGCUGGUGAAGCACCCGUUCUACGCCCUCAGGCAGUCCCUCGUCCAGAUCGUCAGGUCGAUCAAGGCAGUCGCGAGAAAGAUUAGGCGGAUGCUGGUGGCGACGAAGAGACUCGUCAUGAGCAUUCUGCAGGUGAUCGAGUCGGCGUUCGAGUGGUUGGCCAGCGUGGUCUCGCUGUGCAACAAGGAGUUCGGCACGCCGUACGAGAGGUGCCAGGCCAUGUUCCAGAGGGCCCUCGAAGACUGCCGGUGGCGUCUGGGGGACAAUUUCGGCAAGAUGUGCGUCGUUACUGGCGCCGCGCGGGUCGUCUGUCUGCCCCUGAAACCCCUCGAUGUCAUCUGCGGCCUCGUCUCUUACGUGUCCGACGCCAUUGUCGCCGAGGUCAAGCAAAAGUUGAGGGCCUUCAGCCGGGGUAUGAGGGCCAUGUUCUUUGUGAGGAUCAGGUUCAAGCACGAGUACCACAUGGAGACAAACAAAAGCCGUAACCUCGGGGAAAUAUCCGCCGAAAUAUCGUCCGAAAUCAAGUCAAGGACUCGCCGUUUUCUAGGGAUCUUCGGCUGGGCCGGUUUACUUGCCUGCUUCUUCUUCUUUUUCCUCGUGUUGCGAGUCAUUCACUACCGAUACAAGUGGCUGACGAGUGAUCGUUUCGACAACCACUACCUGACCGGCCACAUGCGUGACAUUGACCUGAGGCGCGCGCGCCAAGACAAAGAGACCUUGUUUCCCCUAAACUGGCGAGAACGCGCCAAGUACAUAAAACCGACUUCCAUCCUGUUGGCCCGAUCUGAGAGAACGAGGCUGGCCAAAUCGGCAGUGUUCUUGGCGCUAGCCUGCGUCAAGCUCGCGGUCUACUUGGCCAUAGAUUACUGCCUCUUCUGGACCCUCGACACAAUCAGGUACCACGGCAAGAUGAGCCUGCUCCGGCCGCGAGAGCGCCAGCGCCAAGCUUUCGCGGCAUCCUCCGUCCAGGUCAAGGGCACCGGCUUCCUGGCCGAGCUGUUCCGUGGCAUCGCCGGGGCGUUUUCACCCUACGGUCGCGCCAACACCCAAGUGGAGGACUCCGCUUGCCUGCCCGAGCCCAGACCUCCCGACUACGACGGGUACGCCCGAAUAGCCACCGUGGCUCUUCUCUGCUGGGUCAUGGCGUUCUUUGAGCCCUACGGACUGAGGUUGCGCCACGCGGUGCUCAGCCAGUACUACCCCGACAGGGCGAAGCAGCGCGCCGUCUGGCUGUACAACCGGAUCCUCAGGUCCCGCGGCUCUUUCCUCAAAUUUGCCAGGCGGCAGCUGCGUCGCAAACUUGGCACUGCCUUUCACGCCGAUGUCGUGGGUAUCGAGCAGGUGACCCUGCGGGAACGGCUUCGGGCUGUUUUUCCCUUCCUGGACAAGUUGCUGGGCCCACCGCGAUCGGGUGGACGUGCUUGUGUACUUUGCGGCCAGCCCGAGCGGUCGUCCUUGGCACCCCACGUGGCUUGCCCUACCCCUGGGUGCGCGGGUCUCUACUGUCCCCAGUGUUUCCAGGACCUGGGCAAGCUCUGCACGGUAUGCCUAUCGCCCCUGGACUACGGGGACCUCACGGACAUCAGCGAGGAAAAAGACUCCUCCGAGGAGGAAUUGGACAUGUCACAUCUGAAGAAAAAAAUGGAAGCGCUGAGGGCCAAGGCUAAGGAGGGAAAAGUUGAAGGAGAAAAGGAAAUCACAAAAGAAGAAGCCAAAAAGAAAGAUGAACCCGUGGCUGAUGGUUCGGAUGAUGAGUCAUCGAAAUACAGCUACAGUUACCAAGACGAAUCAGCAGACGAAAGCGUGUCACUGCCUUACAGAUCUCCUUUUCGAGACGUCGAAGCUCAACAGAUUCGCGAUGACGUGACAAUGCAGAUUUUUAGCGAACCUUCAUGCGAGGAGGAAUCGUCAAACGGCAGAGUUCGGAUGUUCUGUUUUGGUCUUGGUAGGAAAAGAAAACGGAAAAAGCGUUCGGUCCAGGGAGAAGAUGAAAAGUCGGACUCUACGUCUGUUGCCGAUACAGAGUCUUGGACUACGGAAGAAGUCGAAGAUGAAGAAGAGGAAGGAGUCUUGGAGAUCGAAAUCGAGGACUUUGACGAGCAAAAGCAUUCUGACGACGAGCUGUUGCCUAAAACUUGUGGCAAAAAAAGACGGCACAAAAAAAGAAACAAACUCAUGCAUCUGUUUUCUUCAUUAGGAAAGGUUUUUUCUUUUAAGAAGGUAAAACAAAAAAAGGCAAAAAGUUUUUGGUACAAGAAUCGAAAAGAUUCCAUUAACGCCUGCUACGACACGGAACACUCGUCCUCCUCGAUUUUGUCCAACACAUGUGAUGAAAAUCUUGAUCUCUUACCUUUGCAAAGAAUUGAAAAAAGAGAUAAGUCUACUUUGAGAAAGAGAAACAGUGGCGGCGCUUACCGUUAUCCACAUGAAGUCAAGUUUGAAAUAAAAGAAUUACCAAAGCACUUACAGUCGGUGUGUGAAGAAGUGAAGUACUUUGAGGUUGACGAGAGUAGUAACUCCUGGUAUUCUCCGCGGGAAAAGAUUCGAUGUCAGGUUGACAACAGCACGCUCACCGACUCGGGAUCGUCCGUUGACAGUGAUUCCUCUCGCGAAAGACUGAGUUCGUCCAGCAACGCUGAUAAUGAUUCAUAUAUUUACACGUCCGAUAAUAACGAAAAAUGUUACGAGACCCACAGUUCGAGUUCGGACACUUUUUUACCGUCAGAGGUACUGGAGUUAUCUGAAAAUUCAAGUGACUUUUUGGAAGACAAGAAGACAGUUUGGUUUGAUAACGACAAAGUGUCUAAUAAGCUUGGAGAGGACAAGAUAGAUGAGGAUAGCAAUGAAAAAGGUACACAAUGCAGUAAGAAAAUCAUUGACCGGAGAAAAAAGUUUCACAAUUCGUGGCGUAAUCGAGAAAAAAUAAAAACAGACCGAAACGAACGAGACAGCAAAACAUCUCGGGACUGUAAGAUAUUAAGGGACAAAACGGAUGAUUUGAAAAAGGACAAGGUAGAGAAAGAGACUGCAAAUGCAAAAAAGAAGAUGUCGUCUGAUUACGAUAACGACAGCAUCGUCGAAAAAAUCGACAAAUCAAUCGGUGUUCAGGAAGCAGAUAUAGAAAAAAGUUUAAGGGGAGCUGACGAGAAGACCUUCACGAUAAGACGCGUUUCCGAAUUAUUCCAUAUGCCUGCCCAUCCAAGUACCAAGGUGAUAGACACUAUCAUCAGUCAGAGAUAUGUCUGGCCCUUGAUGCAUCGUGAUAUUAAGGCCUGGUGCAAGUCCUGUAUAGACUGUCAGAUUUCUAAGGUCUCCCGGCAUGUUACAAAUAACCCCGCCCAGUUCAUUGCUUCUGAGGAUCAUCCAGCUACAAGAGAUCAAGGAACUUACGUUCGUCUAAAGACUCUGAAGUUCAAGAGAGUAGAAACCAAUAGUAAAUGA